GCCUGAUACCUAAACGGGUAUGCACUGGAUUUAAAGAAAGCCAAAAGCUUGUGCUUUCUCUGAUUCCAGGACCCAGCAUUUAAGGCAGAGACACCAAAGGGCUCAGUGGUUCCGAGCGUUUCCACAGCUGAUGCGGGGCUAGAGCCUGCCUGGUGCCAGGUUUCUGACAUGUUGUUCUCCCUCCUCCAGUUGUCAAAAGCAGCAGCUCCCUGAGGCUCCCCCUCCGAUGGCAAGGCCAGGCGUCCGUGGCCGUGGCGGCCAAGAGCACGAAGCCCCAGAUUCAGCCAGAAGCGCGGAAACCUAAAACAGGAAUCCUGAUGUUAAACAUGGGAGGUCCAGAAAGGCUGGAUGAUGUGCACGAUUUCUUACUUCGUCUCUUCCUGGACAGGGAUCUAAUGACACUUCCAGUACAAAAUAAGUUAGCACCAUUCAUCGCUAAACGCCGCACGCCGAGGAUCCAGGAGCAGUACAGCAGGAUUGGUGGGGGAUCACCGAUCAAGAAGUGGACGGCAGUGCAGGGAGAAGGCAUGGUGAAGCUGCUGGACAGCAUGUCUCCUCACACAGCGCCUCACAAGUACUACAUUGGCUUCCGGUACGUGCACCCUCUGACGGAAGAAGCGAUCGAGGAGAUGGAGCAGGACGGCAUUGAGCGGGCCAUCGCUUUCACGCAGUACCCGCAGUACAGCUGCUCUACCACAGGAAGCAGUUUAAAUGCGAUUUAUCGCUACUAUAAUAAAAAGGGGGAGAAGCCAAGGAUGAAGUGGAGUAUAAUUGACCGGUGGCCCACACAUCCCCUGCUCAUCCAGUGCUUUACUGACCACAUACAGAAGGAACUGGACCUGUUUCCACCUGACAAAAGGAAAGAUGUUGUCAUCCUUUUCUCGGCUCACUCGCUCCCCAUGUCUGUAGUGAACCGCGGUGAUCCAUAUCCACAAGAAGUGGGAGCUACUGUGCAGAGAGUCAUGGAGAAGCUGAACUACUCCAACCCCUACAGGCUGGUCUGGCAGUCCAAGGUUGGGCCAAUGCCUUGGCUUGGUCCACAGACAGAUGAGACCAUUAAAGGCCUGUGCCAAAGAGGAAAGAAGAACAUGUUGUUGGUCCCAAUAGCAUUUACAAGUGACCACAUUGAAACGCUUUAUGAACUGGAUAUUGAGUAUGCCCAGGUUUUAGCAAAUGAAUGUGGAGUUGAAAACAUCAGAAGAGCAGAAUCGCUGAAUGGAAAUCCACUGUUCUCUAAGGCUCUGGCAGACUUGGUCUGUUCACACAUCCAGUCGAAUGAAGUCUGCUCUAAGCAGUUAACGCUCUGCUGUCCGCUCUGUGUAAAUCCUGUCUGCAGGGAGACAAAAGCUUUCUUCACUAAUCAAGAGCUGUGAUGGGCAGUGCGGGAUGGCACGGCUGGCUUGUGCAGGAAAAUUGCCCUGGUGAAGCGGCGCAAAGGAAAAUCUGCUUGACCCAGCUCUCUUGUGUUACAUACUUACAGGCUGGUAGUCUCAGUGAUGUUAACCCCAUAUAGCAGCUUGGAGAAUUUGACUUUUUUGUUUUAUUUUUUUCUUAUGUUUUUUUCUUGGUUUGAUAAGUGUUUGUAGAAAGUAGGGAAACAAGAGUGUUUGUCCUGUGAGAUGUGAAAAGGUCUCAUCUCAUCUGAUUCUGGUUGGACUUAGCAUGAGUCUGCACCGAAAGCCUAACAAGCUUUUAUACCAAUUGGCUUUUGUUUCCUAUGGAGGGAUUUCUUUGUAUGCAUUUUUUUUCACGAGUGCAUUCAUUUCAGUUUUCCAGUUCAAGCAUACAAUUACUUUGUUUUGUUUAUGCAAGGCGUAGCAUAACCCGCAUCGUCACCAGUUGUCUCUUCUGAGAGCGAUCUCUUCAGACGAGUUUGAAGAUCAAGUGACUUCUAAUGCUUUUUAAAUAAUUGUAUAUUUUUUUAGAACAUAAAGAUAAGGUUUUGUUUUGUUUCUUCCUGCCAGAAACUUCCUGUGAAGGCUUAGCUGGGUUAGUAGAACUCACAAGACUUGUUUACAUUUUCUAGAUUAAAAUGCUUUCAUCAUCUGCAGGAAAGCCCCUGCACUUGAAACGCGUACAGUGAAAGACAAAAUUCUGUUCGGGAGAUGCUGAAGAACACGCGCAGUUGAAACAAACUGUGUAUGUUUCAAAUCUAGCAACCAGCAGCAGCGUGUGUUGAAACAUUGGUUUAUCUGUCUUUUCAGCAAAGUGACUUUAUUAUUAUUAUUAAAAAGGGCUUUCUCUGUUUGGUUAAGGAAA